AAGAAGAAUUUCGAGACGUGGGUGCGGGAUUUGAAGGGAUACGUUGAGUCUUCGGGUUCUCGAUAGCUGUCGUUGAUUUUGAGGUUGAGGUUUAGGUUGGUAAGUGAUAGAGUCAUCAUGUCGUAUUCUUCACCAAGACGUAGGCUGAUAAAAUCUUUUUGUCAAGUGAUGGUGUACAUCACGAAUUCACAACCAACAUGGAGCCAGUGGCAAUCUGUAUUCCAGAACUGCUGGAGCACAUUCUGAUAUUCCUGGAUAUACGCACACUGUUGAUAUCGGCGCAGCGCGUAUGUCGACUAUGGAAUCAAGUCAUCGCCCAGUCCAAAGCCCUUCAACAAGCUCUCUUUUUCCAUCCUACCGACAGCAAAGACCAAGAGCGUAUCCGCAACCCACUUCUCAGUGAUGUUUUUUGGAGCUGUACUGUUCCCUGGAAAUUAUGGGACAAACCAUACGGACCAGCAUCAUACCAACCCGAAAACAACAAAACGGGCAUCUGGAAUUUAAUAGAAAGAAUCGAAAGAGAAAAUGCCAGCUGGCGCCGAAUGCUCAUUCAGCAGCCACCCACCUCGCGAAUAGGAAUCAUCAACGGUUUCUCACUGGACCGAAAACUCGACACGACAUAUUGGCAGCUUCGGAUUCAACCAAACCACGACCACCUGCGCAUGGACUCUAUUUUUACUGGACUACAAACCCAAGCCAUAAGCCCAUGUCGCCCAGAGUGGGCAUUCUGGGAUCGAACCCCGGAUGGCUACGUGAGAAUCCUAGGCGAUUAUGCGCUUGUCCUGUUAGAUGCAGUUUUGCAGGAGUGCGAUAUUGCAAUAUUCGCCUGUAGUGACAGACAAAUCAUGCGUCCGAUAUUCAGGGAUCUGAUGGAUCAGAAGGAUUACCGAAGUAGCUAUGGCGAAUCCUUCAUGCAGAAGUUGUGCAAACCCAGUAAGGCGAUUGAUGGGCUGGAUGCGGAACGUAUCGUCAGCUGGUUACGACAAGUGCAGGGCAAUAUCAAGUAUGAACCAAGGAUAGGCGGGAGUCGGAGGCGAAUUCGAUCCUGUUGACUUGGUUGACUUGGCUUGGUUAUAAUGACUGAGUUAUUUCUUCCUGUGAG